AUGAAGCUCCUGCACUUUCUCUACGGAGCCCUAGCUCUUUCCACAAGCGUCUCAGCCUACACUCUCCCAAAAGCCAGAGAGAGCCUCGUCACGAGCUGGAAUGGAACCGCCAACUCAACCUCCUCAGCCAUCCCCUACUCCUCCGCAACCCCAAUCUACAACUCCACCUACAGUACCUCCAAAGACGCAGUCUCAUCGCCGAACAACGUCUCCGAGCCGCUUCCAUCCCCAAUAGCUUCUUCGUGGCCAUCUCCAGUCCUCUGGGCCAACAGCACCAGCAGCAACACCAACAGCACCAAGCUCCCACUCUCCUCUCUGAACAUAAACACCACCUCCUCUUCCGCCUCGCCAAAAAAAGCGCUGUCAAACCCCGGCCCCGACAAAGCCUCCUCAAACCCCACCCGCGACCCCGACACUCUCGCCCACACCCAAGGCCUCCCGAACCCACACGACGUCUCGCGCACGAAGCUCACCACCUUCUGCGGCACCUCCUCCACAGAGCGCGCGCACUGCCGCGCGCUCGCCUCGCACGUGCACCAGUGCAGUGGCGCGCAGCGCCCGUGCCCGGACGGCCUUGCGCGCGACCUGCUCGCGUCGACGGUCGCGCUGGAUCCGUGUGCCGCGGCGGAUGAGCAUCUUGAGUCGGCGCUGUGUGAGAAGUGGGCGGUUGAGGCGCGGAGGUGUCGCGAUGCGAGCAAGAGGGCGUGUGGGCAUCAUCAUGUGCUGUAUUUGCUGAGGGGGAUGAGGGACUUUUUGGGGCUGGAGGCGGAGUAGGGAGUGAGGAUGGGUGGGGAUGGUGGAGGAGUGGGGCGUUUGGUUUCUUUGGAGAGGCGCAAUGGAUGUAAUGUCGGGCAUUCAUUCAUGCUGUUACUGUAGUUUACUACUCUUACCAUAUCGAUAUAAUACUUUGGUGGCUUGGUAAAUUUCGUAUCUCGGAUGCCCGUCUCUCUCAGGCUUCCCGUUGUAAUUCUCCGUUGGUAUGUGACGAUCUGGCUGCGGUUGGCGAGGACACUUUUGUUAAAUUCCUAGAGUCCACGUCUGCAAAGGCGGGAAGGGAAGGCCGAAGAGGUUGAAUCCUAAGAGCGAGGAAUCCUGUUAUCAGAUGAAGGAAGACCAGGAUAGGGUUGCUGCGAGAACCGAGCACCGCCAGGAGAUUUAAAAGGCAGAGAAGAUGACAAGCUUUAGGUCGCCGCAAGGCGGCUGCCAGUGCUUGAUUUCCUUGACGUCGUUGUG